AUGGCGAAGAGGAAUUCGAAUGAGUCUUACCAGAGGGUCCAGGAAGCUAAAGCGAGGUCUAGGGCCAGGACUGGUGGUGCCAGGGCGGUUAUCUCUCCUCCUCCUCCUCCUCCUCCUCCCCGAAAUUUGGGGUCUCCUUCUGAACCCAUUGUGAUUUCUUCUUCAGCUUCUUCUCAGCCGCCCCCUUCUCCCCGACCUUCUCCUGAGCCAGAAAGGAAGAAGCGCAAGGCUUUGGAGCCUGGCUCUUCUUUGGAGGGUGAGGUUAAAGUAGAUGCCCCUGCAUUCAUCCGGAAAUACAUCUACCCCCAUACCCGUAUAGGUAUGGAUGAUGUUUCUGUCCAGAACCAUCUUACCACUCUGGCUAAGGAGAGUAUCAGGGCGGCGGGGGUCUGUGCCAAGUUCUUAGAUAUUUUUGAGAAGACCCCUCUUAGCUCUUUGGGUUCAACCUCAAAGGUUGAAGAGCUAGAGGGAAGGCUUCUCAUGUAUCAGGAGCAUGAAAGGGAGUUGAAGAAGGAAGUCACCAAAUUGAGGGAGGAGAGAGAUAGCCUUCGGGAAAAGGAGAGCAAGCUGCAGGCCCAGUGUAAUAUGGAGGUGGGCCUGAGGAAGACAGCGCAGGAGAGUUACCAGAGGUUGUUUGAGGACCUUGUGGUCGUUAAAAAAGAUUUGCUGAAUGCUCGGACUGCCUACGCCGAGUUGGAGGACUCUAUUGCUGAGGGAUCCGAGGAGGCCUGGAGGAUUUUUAAGGAGUAA